AUGGAUCCGCCAAAUAUUUCACCACAGUUGGAUCGACUCGACGAUGAACUCGAUAACCUCGAGGAAGCCCUACAGCCCAUCCUUGGUAACAUCUCGGAUGUCGCUAACAAGCUACCUCUGCUCGACAAAGCCAAGCUCUACGUGCUUGCGACCUAUUCCAUAGAAUCGAUGCUCUUUUCUUCCCUUCGACUUAAUGGCGUCGAGGCAAAAGAACAUCCCGUUUUCAAGGAACUUGCUCGCGUACGACAAUACUUUGACAAGAUCAAAAAUAUCGAGACUCCCCCGCAGAAGCCCGAGCAGACCUUAAACAAGGAAGCCGCCAUUCGAUUCAUUAGAGCCGACUUAGCCGAGAACAAUAACAAGCUUGUCAACACUAAGCUAAGCGAGAUGAUCGCGAAGGAACGCGCUAAAGCCGCACUGAAGGCUGCUCAAGCAAGUAGUAGCAAGCGAAAAGCCGAAGUAUCUAUCCCUCCUGUACAGCCUAAUACCGGAUCCAAUACCGAAGAGGUUGACUCGGAAGUUUCGCGGAAGAAAAAGAAGAAAGAGAAGACAGAAGAAAAGAAGCAUAGAGACAAGAAAAAUAAGAAAUCUUCCAAUUAA